GGCUAGGCGCUGCCCUUGCGCCCGCCGUCCCUGUGUCUGUCCGUCCGUCUCCCCCGCCCCUCCCCGCUCUCCCCAGCUCCCCACCCUCACGCCCCAUUGUGCCUCUCUCUCCCCAUGGCCAUUGGGAGCUGACCGCCCCCACCCACGCUCCCUCCCGGGGGGGGGCUGCGGAUGGGGGUCCUGCCCCCCUAGAUGCCGCCCCCCUCCGCAUGGCUCUGGCCCCCACCUCCGGCUUCUCCUAGCGGACCGGAGACACAAUGGUGGCCCGCAGCACGGACAGUCUGGACAGGGCGGGGGAUGGGCCGCUCCGCCCUCUGGGGAACACAGCCGCCAGUGUCAAGGGGAAAGGCCCCAAGAGGCUGUCCAUCACCCGAGCCCAUUUCCCCAAGCUGGCUGAAUGCGCCCAUUUCCACUACGAGGCCGUGGACUUUGGACACAUCCAGCUCCUGCUGGCCUCCGAGCAAGGGGAGGGGCUGCCCGCUACCCUGGGGGACAGGGAGCUGCUCUUCAUCGUCCAGGUCACCUGCAAGGGGAAGACAUGGCCUGUUCACCGCAGCUACGAGGAGUUCUGCAGCUUGGACGGGCACCUGCACUGCUGCAUCUUCGACCGCCGCUUCUCCCAGCUGCCGGAGCUGCCACCGCCCUGCCAGGCUCGGGGGCAGGCUGAGAUGCUGGCCCCGGUCCUGCGGCAGUACCUGGAGAAGCUCUCGGCCAUUGUGGACAGCAACAUUAACUGUGGGCCUGUCCUCACCUGGAUGGAGAUCGAUAAUCAUGGCAACCGGCUGCUGGUGAACGAGGAGGCCUCGAUCAACGUCCCGGCCAUUGCGGCCGCCCACGUCAUCAAGCGCUAUGCGGCCCAGGCCCCUGACGAGCUGUCCUUUGAGGUUGGGGACAUUGUGUCGGUAAUCGACAUGCCCCCCAAGGAGGAGGUCAGCUGGUGGCGGGGAAAGCACGGCUUCCAGGUCGGUUUCUUCCCCAGCGAGUGUGUUGAGCUCUUCCCGGACCGUCUGGCGCCAGAGCUCAAAGCAGAUACAGAUGGGACGGGCGCCAGCAUCCCUGGGGUCCUCACGCCUCAGGGGCCCCUCUCCCCCACGUUGGUGUGUAAGAAGCACGGGAAGCUCCUUGGUUUUCUUCGCACCUUCAUGAAGUCACGGCCCAGCAAGCAGCGACUGAAGCAGCGCGGGAUCCUGCGUGAGCGUGUCUUCGGCUGCGACCUGGGGGAGCAUCUCCUGAACUCGGGGCACGACGUUCCCCAGGUCCUGCGCUGCUGCUCAGAGUUCAUCGAGAAGCACGGCAUGGUGGAUGGGAUCUAUCGCCUCUCAGGCGUCGCCUCCAACAUCCAGAAGCUGCGGCACGAGUUUGACAGCGAGCGGGUGCCAGAGCUGGGCCGGGCGACCUACCUGCAGGACAUCCACUGCGUGAGCUCCCUGUGCAAGCUCUACUUCCGCGAGCUGCCCAACCCGUUGCUCACCUACCAGCUUUACCACAAGUUCGCGGAAGCUGUGGCAGUGCCCGGCGAGGAGGAGCGCCUGGUGCGGGUGCAUGAUGUCAUCCAGCAGCUGCCACCGCCCCACUACAGGACCCUGGAGUUCCUGCUGCGGCACCUGGCCCGGGUGGCCACACACAGCCCAGAAACCAGCAUGCACAUCAGGAACCUGGCCAUCGUAUGGGCCCCCAACCUGCUCCGGUCGCUGGAGCUGGAGGCCGUGGGGCUGAGCGGGGCAGAGGCCUUCCACGAGGUGCGGGUCCAGUCCGUGGUGGUUGAGUUCCUGCUCAGCCAUGUCCAGGUGCUGUUCAGCGACAAGUUCACCUCCAUCGGCAAGGACAGCGCAGGGCGCUCCUGCCUCCCACGCCCCAAGUCCCUGCUGGGCAGCUGCCCCUCAACCCGCCUGCUCUCGCUGGAGGAGGCCCAGGCCCGGACGCAGGCCCAGGCCCAGGCCCAAGCCCAAGCCCAAGCCCAAGCCCAGCACACGGCCCCUGGCCAGGCCAAGAGACCUGAGGCCGAGACCGGACGGGGGCCCCCGGGGAGGCUGCCCCUCGCGCUGGACUCUCCCCAUGACAGGCGCCAGGCGCGGGGCGGGAGCUGGAAAACCUUCUUUGCCUUGGGCAGGGCACCUGCCAUCAGCCACAAGAGAGUGCAGCUUCCGGGCGGGCAGACGGGGCUCCGGGCCGACACUGUCACACUGCGAUCCGCCAAGAGUGAGGAGUCACUCACGUCCCAGUCCAGCACUGCGGGCCUGCACAAACUGAACCGCCUGCGGCGCCCACGCUCCAGCAGCGACGCCUUCCCAGCCCUGCCUGGAGCCAUCCCCGGGUCCCCGCAAGCCCCCCUCAAGCCCUGUCGCUCCUGCGAGUCGCUGAGCUCCUCGGCCUCUGGCGGCUGCAGCGAGAACCUGGCACCCCAUCACCGCGCCUCCCUCUGGCUGGACGAUGAGGGCGAGCUGGACUCGGAACCAGAGCUCAGCCCCCCUGGCUUCCUGGACUUGGACCUGCUCCCCUUCCGGCGCAGCCCCCCCUGGCACCCCUCGCUCUCUGAGGCCUCUGACUCUGCCUCCAGCCCUGCCCGCCUUCCCUUCGCCUGCAAGGUGGCCCGGGCGCUGUCACCCCGCGGCCCGGAGCCCCUCACAGCUGCCCUGGAGAUCUCGGAGCCCGUGGCCAUCUCGCUGCCCGCCAAGGUGCUGGAGAUGCUGGGGGGGGGCGAGGCUGGGGGUGUGUUGAGGCCCGGACAGCACCGGGGGACGCGCAGCCCCCCCCACAUGAUCUCCCGGCUCCUGCAGGCUGGCGACGGGAUGCUGACUGACAGCUGCCAGCGUGAGGUGCAGCGCAAACUGACCCGAGCCGAGAGCGGAAGCCUGGCCCAGAGUCCUGAGUCGGAGGCUUCCCCCCCACUGCCCGGGGCGCUGUGCCUGUUUCGGCACGUUCCGCCCCCGCCGCCCCCAAAGAACCCAGCUCGGCUGAUGGCACUGGCACUGGCGGAGAGCGCACACCGGGCCGCCCGGCAGCAGCAGGGGGUGCCACACAGGGAGCAGCGGGCCCAGUUCCGGCGCUCCCUGUCCCUGGAAGGUGGCGGGGAGGGGGCAGCGAUGGGACCGGGCACCCUGUACUCUGUGGUGCGCCCUGGCCCUGCUGCCCAGCUCCCUGGCCCCUCUCUGCAGCGCCAGCAGAGUGAGGGGGAACCCCGGAGCCAGCGUCAGGAGCGGGCAGGGGGCCCCCAGGUCACAUUGGCCAAGGCCUCUGCCCCGGGUGGGGAGGGGGGCAGGGCCAGCUUGGCAGCCCCUCCCCAUUACAGCAAAGUCCCCCCCAGCACCCACCACUGGGGCCCCGAACCCCACCCGCCCUGCCAGACCCAGCCACUGCCCUUCCCCCGAGCGCUGGACCCUGCCCCCCGACACCCGCAGGCCCCACCCAAGCCCCAGGCCCCCCUGCACUUCCACCCCCCACCUGCAGCCUGUCUCAACGCCAUCCCCCUGGGGCUGGGCCCCCCCUGCGCUGCCACUCCAGAGCCACAGCUGCACCAGCGCCACCACUUCCUAGCUCCCCGCCCCCCCGGCGCUGCCACCCCUCCCCGGCGCCCGCUGCUGGAGCCCGCAGCCGAGAACCUGUACUACGAGAUCGUCCCAGAGCCGCCCGUGUACCGGCCCUGGCCCCUGGGCCCCCCGCACCCUCCGGCACCCCCCGAGUACCUGGCCGCCCUCAACGCCUCCUACGGUGUCUUCCAGCAGCCCAGGCCCAGCCCCUCAGUCCCAACACCCCCCCUCUGGGCCAUCUUCGAGGAUGGGCGCGUCCGCUACGAGCCACCGGAGCCCGUCUACGUCAAUGUCCCCUUUGCUGGUCCUGCGGUAGGGCCAGAGGCCGGGGGGCACCGCCGCGGCAGGGCCAGCCCCUCGUCCUCCACCUCGUCCUCCCCUCCACUGGAGGGCGGGCACCUGCGCAGCCGCUCUGACCCUGGCGCUGCCCGCACCGCCCUGCGCCGCCCCCCAGUGCCAGCCCUGCCGCAGAAACAGAGGCAGGGCCUGCGGGCAGCACCAGGCUGGGCCUACAGACCGCCAGCGGUGCCGGGACUUUACCGCCAGCUACUAGAUGUGCUGCCCUGUGGGAGCACCAUGCUGCGGUUCUACCGCCCAGCACCACCUGGCUGGGAGCCGGCCGCCGCCUGCACCCCCCGCUUCACCACCUACGCUGAGCCCUCGCCCCGGCCUCCUGCCCUCCUCAGCCCUGGCCUGGUGGACGGUUACCGGCUGGGGCCCUACUCCCCCUACGCUGAGCACCUGCCCCCCCAGUAUGGCAAUGUGGAGAGGAAGGAGGGGCCUCCCCCACCGCCCGCAUGCCUGGCUCCCAACUGGACAGUGCGCUCUGAGGGGCAGACUCGGAGCUACUGCUGAGGGGGGGCCCGGGCUGGACCACGAGGGACCCUGGCUGGGGGGCUGGAGGACCUGUGUUGAGCUCCCCAAGUGCUGACACCCCCUCCCCCCCAGGUGCAGGAUCUGAGCAUUGACUGGGGACCAUUGCUGAGACAGUCGGGCUGUGACAUCACGGGAGGCCCCAAUGAUGUCACCCAAAGUCUGUAUGACAUGCCUGAGCUGCUGCAGGGCUGGAGUGAUAUCACACUGGGAUCAUCAAUGGCAGGAGGAUGGGCACUGUGACAUCACAAUGAGGCCACCAAUGGCAACAGGACUGGUACAGUGACAUCGCUACAGGGCCAUCAAUGGUGGGAUGAACACCUGAUGUGACGGCAGCCCAACUGCAUUGCUGCUCCCCAAUGAUGUAACAGCUGCUCUCCAAUGACCUCAGGGCCCCUCAGUGACAUCACCACAUCCCAUACGACACCACUGGGCUACAGUUUCCAUCACAACCAGUAUGCAUCAUUGCCCACCUUGGCUAGGCCCUCACCUACUAAUAGCAACCGCCUCAGUGUGACAUAGGGAGGGGGCACUGGUGACAUCAGCAGAACCAUGAAUGACAUCACUACCCUGACUGCCCCCUGGGGCCAGUGUGGGGCAUAAAACUCUUGGGGUCUUACCCUGCUGCCAGCCCUGGUAAUAGGGGGACCCUCCCUGACCCCCUGUGGGCGGGAUGGGGGGGGCUGUUCUAUAAAGUUUUUAAAGCUGAGCAAGAUUUCUAACGUUUUAACCCUUCAUUAACCCAAUUAAAACACCCCCACCCUGAGAUGGGACCCCGGGGGCGGUACCAAGGGGAGGGGAGGGAGGCUAAAGGAAAAAAAUCUCUCCCCAGCCUGCCUGUCUGACCUCCCUGGUCAGCAUGACCCAUGGGCUGGGGUGGGGGGUGUACGUCUCUGGCUAGAUUAGGGGUGUGCCUGCUGCCCCCUGCUGGAGGAGCUGAGCCCUGCUUGGGGGGUGUGAUGGUUGGUGCUUGGUUGUGUUGUGUGGCUGUGGCUGUAGUUGUCUGGUUGUGGCAGUACCGCAGUGUAUGUGUGGGGGUAUGUUAUGGGGUAGCUGAAGGUGUCGGGGGGCACUCCCUGUUGAUCCUCCCAGUGGCUGAGAGCGGUGAUUGCUGGGGGUGGGUGGCAGCUGUCUGAUUUUAUUGCACUAACUCCCAUUGUGACUUUGGGGGGGGGGUCCCCUGGGAGUUAUGACCUUUGACCCCCCCAUACCCUGUACCCCCCACCCACAUGAUAAAGGGGCAGUGCUGUGACCAGCUGGGCGCAGUGUGGGUGGGUUUGCCCUGGGAGUGCUGACCUCUCCCAAUACCCUAAUCCUAUAACCCACCGCCCAGCCAAAAUCCCACAGAUUGGGGGAGGGGCUAAUCCUGGUUCACCUAAUUCAGCCCCAUCCCCACUGGGGUGCUGCUGUGACUGUUCCCCUGGUGAGUGUAUUUGUUGAAGAUCCUGCCCUCCCCCGAUUCUGUACUAAAUGGUUUAAACCAACCCCAUUAACUAAUAAAGACAAAAAAAACAAAAACCCAAGCUGCCUAUG